AUGACAAGUUGCUUCACUGUGAUUGUUUCUGCUAAAAAUGUUGUAGAAGUUGAAAGAACUUCAGAUGGUAAGAAAGAGAUUAUAUUUAGAGACACAACCGGACAUAGAAAGUUUUUAACCCAAAAAGAGAUUGACGCUUUCCACAAGGAUCAACACUACAAAAAAAUACUACAUAAUUUUUUGAACUGGGGUGACUUAAUAACAAACACCGAAAUGAAUAAUGCGUAUGGUGAUAAUGUUGAUGAGGGCACGCCACGUGUCUCAAAACAAAAUGGAUAUAAACAAAAAAUUCAGUAUUUUUUUAAUAGCAUAAUCAAUAAUAAUGCUCAUGAUGCUGCUAUUGAGAAUGUUGAGAGACCCCAACGCGCUUCUCUGCCUAGUUAUGUCCCUGUAUAUCCAUUAACUUCUGGUAUGACUUUAAUUAAUGAUAUUUCAAUCUUCAGUGGUUAUUGUAGAGAUAAUGUUAAUUUAUAUAAUAUGUUAGACAGUAAAAAUGAUGAUUUAUUGUUUUUAAUAUUUGCUCCUUCAAAUGAGGCCAUUGCCAGUUUGGAAUUGAAGCCUUGGCAAUUUCCCAUAGAUAUUAAUUCUUUAGAAGCAGAAUUCGAACAGGGAAUGAGAACAGCUUCUGAAUUGGAUGAUGCCGUUAGAGAUAACGUAAACAAGUUUGUCUACAACCAUGUUGUUAUGAUUGACAUGGAGGAACAAGAAAAGCAAGACAGUGCAAACGUUUACGAUAGUAAAAAUAGUGUUGAUUUAUCAAAGCCUAACUCUUCACUAAUUUAUGAAAAUUUGGAUGGAAAAAAAUUAAUUCUAAGAAGAGACGGUUUGAAAUUCACUGUUAGACUUGCUGAUGCUGACAUCGAAAACGAAAUACCCAUUCAGGACAUUGAAUGUUCUAACAAUGGUUGUAUUUUUGUACUUGGAGGGUCCUUGGAAACUCCAAAGAAAUAA